AUGUCUCCUUUUGCCAACAUCCAAAACCUAUUCAUGCACCUCAUGGAGCCUUGGUUCAUGAUCGCCGCAUCAGCGACCUACAUCCCCCAAACAAUCAUCGGCCUCAUAUCCACCGGCAAUUACAGCAGACUCUUCUCCCCCUCCGCUUUUGGGGAAGAGUUAUUCGGCAACUUCUGGGUAACAAUGGGGCCGCAGGCCAAAGCCGGCGCAGAACAAGUCGUCGUCCCUCUCCUGGAGGGCAAAGUAUCCGGCGGCAAAGUCCACGACCAUGUUGUGUCGACGCCUGUUCAUGGCACGGUUCUCGAGGUCGGUGCCGGGAGCGGCAUGUGGGCGGACAUUCUUGCUCGGAUCCACGAGUCUUCCGCCGUGAGCGACGGCCUGAGAAGCAGAAAGGGCAAAGGGGGCAUCACCAAGAUUUAUGGCGUGGAGCCGAAUCCCAUUUCGGCGGCCACGCUGAGGACCCGCGUCAACGAGGUUGGGCUGGGGGACUUGUACGAGGUUGUGCCCGUGGGGAUUGAGGAUGUCGGCGAUCCGACCAAGUGGGACGGGAGGAUUGAGCCCGGCAGCGUGGACUGCAUCGUGGGCAUUCGGUGCAUGUGUAGUAUUCCUGAUCCGGAGGUGAAUAUUCAGCAUUUGUAUAAGCUGUUGAAGCCCGGGGGUUCGUGGUACGUCUUUGAGCAUGUGAAGACGACGAAGGGGUUUCCCGUGAUGCCUCUUUAUCAGCGCUUUGCGAAUCUUAUUUGGAUGUUCUUUAUGGGCUCGUGUCGGAUUUGCAGACCUACUGAUCAGACGCUUCGCAAUGUUGGGGAGUGGAAGAAUUUUGACUUGACUGCUUCGCCGGAUGAGCCUCCCUAUGCGGUUCUCCCGCAUGUUAUUGGCGUCUUGACUAAAUGA